UGUUGCUAUUCAGCAUCCAAGAUCUGUCACAAGUCUUCACAACCCGGCACUGCCCUACUUGUCAAAUUCUGCAAAACGUACUAAAUGUGCACCGCUCACAGUAUGAAUCCGCUAGUGUGUGGUAGCGCCGCGCCAUUCCCGGACUGGGCUUCAUGGGGACGGUCGAAUUCCAGUACACAACUGGAGACAAUUACAAAACGUUAAAGCCCGACCUGACGAUAUAUGAUGAAAUGGCUACGCCGCGGCGCCUCAAAACACAGUAUGCACCAAGACGUAUUUACUUUAAGUUAGCCAAGACAUGGGUAGCGGCGUGCAAAGAGUCGCAUCCAGCUUGCACUACUCACUUUUCAAGAGAGCUCAAGGGCCUUCGUGUGAUCGAUUGUGUUACGAGAAAUGUAGCUGCAGCCCCAAAAGACUGCAUAUACGUUGCUCUUUCGUACGUUUGGGGGAUGUCAGGCAUCUGCGACGAUCCAAGUUCUUAUACACUACCGGAACGGUUGCCACUCAGCGUCGAAAACAGUAUCGAUGCAACUCUAAUGUUAGGGUAUCGAUAUCUCUGGGUUGAUAGAUACUGCAUCGAUCAAAUGAAUGCUGCAGACAAGCAUCACCAGAUAAACCAGAUGGGCGAUAUCUACUCUUCGGCAGAGCUCACACUUAUCGCGGCAGCGGGCGCAAAUUCAGCUCAUGGCCUGCCUGGCGUCGUAAGCGAACGCGAACGCUUUGAGCAUGAUGUUGCGAUCGGGCGUCUAAGAUUUGUCACCACGUACGGGUGGGCCAUCGAUGAAAUAUAUCGUUCAGUCUGGUCCUCACGCGCUUGGACAUUCCAAGAAGGAUACAUAUCAAGACGCAGGCUGUACUUCACCGACACCCGGUUGGUUUACAUCUGUGAGACAGAGGUCUACUGCGACGCCGAAUGGGGCUGCAUGCCCACAGGACGUGAAAGUCUAGCACACCUUGCCGAAUGUCUUCCCAGUAUAUACUCAAAAAUGGGCCUUGCCGCUGGUAUCCUCAGAGAAUACACACGCCGUAAUCUCACAUUCAAUUCGGAUGCACUGAAUGCGAUAGUCGGCAUCUUGAACACACUCAGCAAGGGCAGAACGCCUAUUUUCCAUACUUGGGGAGUCACCUUUGGCAAGAUUCCCAUUCCAAAGACAGUUGCCCAGAAUCGCAUAGGUGUACCUCUGAUCAAGACACAGAAUGUAUUGGCCAUUGCAUUACAUUGGAUCCACACCUCCCCGUGCCAUCGACGGAAAGCGUUUCCCAGCUGGUCUCCACUAGGCUGGGAGGGGUAGUGGACUAUGUUGAUCUCUUGCCGCCCGUUAUCUCAACUUCUUUCCACGUCAAUUUGUGGAACGAUGGUGAAUUUAUUCACAUAUCCAAUGCAAGAGAAACAACGCUUCGGCAAGUCGAACCUGAUGGUCUGGAUAAGUCACGGCAUCUUGAAAUCAC